AUGAACACCAGAGAGUACAUAGAGAGGCUGUUGAGCGCAGAGGAGGACAAGUUGCCUUCGGAUUAUGUCCACCAGGAUCUUCUCGUUCCAGGUGCAAACAUACUCCCUGACAUCAGCUACGGACAGAUUCAGGCCCAGACCCACUCACCUCUGCCUGCAAAAGCUUCUGAAGAUUCCCCGUGCCCACUAACCAUGACAGACGAGGAGCUCCGCGAACGCCUCCUCAAGGCCAUGGCUGAAAAGUGCAAUCUUCGAGAGGACCAGAUGGCAAACGUGCUCCUGCAGAUCCAGCGACUUGUCGCGGAGCUUCCUGCAGAAGAGCUGCGGGUCUUCAGGAGGGCAUAUAACUCCUUUGUGUAA